UUCUUUUGUUUACUAUGCUAGUGCUACCGCUACUGUGCAUAAAUAAGUUCAAAAAUCCUAGUCAGUGAAAAAUCGUCUCAAAAAGAUUUGUUUGCGUAUUUCUUACUCAUCUUAUUACUAGCGGUUAUUAGUUAUUAAUACAGUUUACAGUAAAUCAAACGUUUCAUACAUGUUUUACAUUUUUUAAUUAUUAACAUCGUCUUUGUCCAGUGAAAAGUUAGCGACGUUGCCGCUCUUCGUGUGUAUAUAAGUCUUUCGUUAAAUCUCGGUUUUUUAAUAAAAUACAUCUUUAUUAUAGUUUCUGUAGAGACUUUUUAUGACAAAAAGCAUUAAAUAGUAAUGUACAAGUGCUUUGAAAUGUGUGAUUGUGAACAUUUCGCAUUUUCUGACGCAACAACGGUUUGGCAACAGCGCACGGAAUCGGACUGAAUCAAGCUAUUCCAAAUAAUGUAUUAGAAAACUCAUAGAAGCCUGAAAUUUUCACAACUCUCUUUACUUUAUGAGGUACUAGGGGCUUCGCGCCCGGUCGUCAAUACCGUCGGGUCGGCGAGCAGUGGGGGGAUCGGCGCGGGCAACACACAACGACACUUCUGCCGCUGCUUGCUCGGUAGCAUAGGUGCCGAUUCACCCUCCGCUCGAGCCCAGCCCGAUCAUGUUGAGGUCGGGCGCGAGACACCCGGAUGCUGACGAAGGCGCAUCCACGUCCGGCGGGCGCGACUGUCGCGUGCGACAGCUGCACGCGACGCUCGCAGAGUACCUGCAGCUAGAGAACAAGUUCCAGCCGCGCCUGUGCUUGCCCACUGACGGAGAGAAUGGGGAGGUGACGACGGGCGCUAGAGACGGCGCUGCCCACGUGCUUCGCUGUCUCAAAGUGUGGUUCGACCUUCCCGCUGAUGUGCUCAUCAGUGCUAUCAACCUCUUCGAUCGUUUCCUAACAAAGAUGAAGGUCCGCCCGUGCCACGUGCCCUGCAUCACGGUGUCCUGUAUGAACAUAGCGAUAGACGAGCACGCCGCCGUCUCCAAACAGCCCCGCUACGUCACCGUUGAGGAGCUGGUGUCGGUGUCGCAGUCGGCAUGUACGGAAGGCGACGUGAGUCGCAUGUCGCGCGUCAUAGCGGACAAGUUGUCGCUGGCGGAGCGCUGUUGUGUGACCGCGCUGCACUGGCUGCGUCUGCUGCGCGCUUUAGUCGCCAACGCGGCUGAGGAGCUGCAGCUACGCGCGCUUCAGUUGCCGGAGAGUGAGCUCAUCAACCUGUUGGAGAUAGCGGUGUGCGACGCGGGCUGCGUUAACGCGCGGACUAGCGAGCUGGCACUAGUGUUGGUCUACCAUCAGCUAGAAAAAGAGUUGGUGGAGCUGAGCCGCAAGGCAGCGGAGGGCGUGGGCGACUCGCAGACGGUUCCAGAGGAAGCGUACUAUCUCUACGAGUUCGCGGCGCAAUUGCAGGCGCACUGCCACAUGACGGACGCGUCUCUGCUGAGCACCAGGAGCCUGGUCCGCGGCGUCAUCUCCCGCUACGAAGCGAGGCAGGCGGCGCCGCAACGGCAACGCUUGGUCUGGAGACUCUCCGAACGGACGCUCAAGGUGCUGCGGCCGACGGACCGUCUGACGUCACUGCUCCCCACCAUCGAAGAGCAACACUUCGCCGUCGACGCCACGCCCAAACGAACCAGAUCAGGAAGCGAAAGUAGCGAAAGCGAAGAGACCUCGGACUGGCCCCGCAGCCCGGUUCUGCCCGUCUACUGCGACAACUGACAUUCGGCCACACGCAGACCCAAGAAGAACUACCAAUAGCAGAAGAGAACGAAAACCCUGGUGAAAAUGUCUUGACCGUUGCCCGCCUGAAAACGGGCUGUAAAUAUUGAAUAAUUGAUAACUUUGGCUCCACACGUUUCGAUCGUUGCCUCGUUGUCAAAAAAAAAGUUUAGCUGAACAAUUAAUCCAAAAAAAAAAAAACAAAUUGACAAGGUUUGUAAUCCAUUUAUGUAUAUCAACAAUUUUUUUCAUUUCCCAUCAGGAAAUUACGAAAAUAAACCAAGCUAUAAGAAUUACGUAAGAAAUCUGAAAUUUAAAUAUUACAUUUCUAAUAUGGCGAUGCUCAUUUUCGUUGGAUGAAAAUCUACAUACCUUUGCCAUCUAAAAAAAAAAAAACAAAAUAAAAUUCGGCUAAACUUUUAAAUUGGCAUUCGAUUUAAAAAAAUCACAAAUUUAAAACAUAAAAAAUAUUUUUGAAAAAUGUAAGUUCAAUAGGCUAGUUAAAAUAUAUCAUAGGUAAAAAUGUCUAAAAAAAUUUACAACUUUUUUUUUUGGACUAGCCCAUGUAGUAUUUUAUACCUAAAAGCUGUAUAAAUAUGAGACUUUCGCCCUGUAGGAUAACUUAAAAAAAAAAAACCUUUGGUAGCUAUUCAAGCGACUUCGCGCGUUCGAAUAAAAUGACAUAAUAAUUAGAUAAUAAACAAAAUCUUGGCACGUAAAUUCGUUUAUUAAUAUAAUUAAUUAAUUUUAUCUAUAGUCCGAUUUAUAAGUAUGGGGCAAUAUGACAAAACGAUUGUAGUAUUAUUAUUGAUGGCCAUUUUCUAUACGCGAUCUUAGUUUAUUUUUACCCGACUACGGCAAAGCCAAAAGGAGGGGUUAUGAGUUUAGCCGUCUAUGUAUGUAUUUAAAUAAUAUAAUAAUGCACGUGUUAGCAAAGUUUUCAUAAGGGUCGAUUUAUACUAGCAGCGAAUUGAAGCUAAUUUCUAUAUAUUGCAUAUUGACCUCUAUGAGUCUAUGGCCACAUGUAAAGCACCAAUUUCAAUCGAGGAAUAAAAUGAAAUUUAAUUUAAAAAAAAAACAUUUUUUUUUAUUUUUUAUCUGGGCUAGAAGUUUGUGCUUUACGUGUUGGAGAUAGAAGUGUCAAUAUAUGCUGUGUUUUUUAGGAAUUCGCUUCUAUUCGCUGCUAGUAUAAAUAGACCCUAAGAAUAUCAUUGAUUAUGCGUCCGAACUAAGAAAGGCUAAUCCUAUCGCUAUAUUGUGACGAACUAUCUAGAUAAAAUAUAUUAUUUUGAUAUUUUAGGAAAAAAUAAUCCCACAAAAUCCUUUGAAAGUAUGUAUAUUUAAAAUAUAUUGAAUUAAAAUAUAUUCCUGGCAGUUACCUUGGUCAGCAUAUUAGUCUGGCCAUUCAACGAGGUAACGCAGCCAGCGUUCUGGGCACCCUGCCUCGUUAGAUUUAGAUGAUAUUUUUGUUUUAUAGUAUGGUAUUUUUAAUAUUUGUGAAAAUUUGUAUUAUUUAUUACUUUUUGGAAAUAAAUAAUUGUAAAGUUUCUAGCUAGACGUCACAAUAUGUCGGAUUUCUCUUAGUUUGUACGCGACAUCAAAUCCGCACAAAAACUUUCGUUACAAUGUGACUAUAGCCUAAUCGAUAGUAAGUUUCGCAUCACUAUUAAAAAAAAAAAGUUAUAUUUACCGAUAAUGCGUCACUUUACUCCGUGCAAUAGAUUGGACUAUAUUUUAUUAUUAUUCUUUAUAUUACAUAAUAAUAAACAUUUUUUCCGAAAUAUUUGCAAGUUUUAUUACCUAAAACUAUCAUAAUAUUAACUAAAUGCACAAAGACAAUAAGUUUUUUUUUUGUAACUGGCUGUAUGGUUUCUAGCCAUUUUGAACAUAGACAAUUGAAUUGAACGUAGAGAUCCAACAUAUUGCCAUUAUCUAAUUAUUAUUAGUCCUAGUUGAAAUAUUCAAAAUAGUGUAGAAUGUAGUUUCGAAAAUAGACUUUUCGCUAUGUUGAGAUCCCGGUUUUGAAUGGAGUCAAAACCACGUGAUCCGCAAUUCUAUGGGAUGAAAACUACGUUUACAAAUAA